CCGCGGCCGCGCGACGUGGGGCAGGGCGCGCUCGGCGACUGCUGGCUGCUGUCGUCGCUGAGCGUGCUCGCGAACUUCCCCGAGCUCGUGCGGCGCCUCGUCUGGGCCGCCGACGACUCGGGCCGGUCGGCCGCGGGCGUCUUCGCCGCGCGGCUCUGCCUCGCGGGCGAGUUCCGGGUCGUCACCGUCGACGACGCGGUGCCCGCGCGCCGCGACGGCCGGCCCGCGUUCGCGGGCGUCGACGCGGGCGCGCUCUGGCCCGCGAUCGUCGAGAAGGCGGCGGCGAAGCUCCACGGCUCCUACGGCGCGCUCGACAGCGGCAACGCCGCCGAGGCGCUC